UGCGGCAGAGUGGUGAAAACAUGGUGCGGAGGGUAAGCAGGAUGCUCAAUGUCACCGACCCUUAGAGGCCAUCGCACAAGCUUCAGGAAGCGGGAAUACACCCAUGUCUUCCCAUUCGGAAUCCUUACAUAUUCUGCUUUGAGUUUGACCUCUCAAGGAGAGCCCAGUCUCCCUCCCCUCUCCUCAUCCUGUGCUACUACAUCUACUGGUUCACCAUGUCGACUCAGAUUUGCAGAGCAAUGGAGCUCCUUCUUCGCUCUGGUUGCUGUCAGACGAUCAGAAGCCCAUCUUGUUUGCAUAAGGCAGCGCUGGCCCCCGUCUGUCCCUCUGGGCUCUGUGUUCCAGGGGUUACAGUUUUUCACAGAAGGGCUUACAGCCUGGACUCCCUCUCUAUGGGUCCUGGUCGGCCCUCACUGGGUCCAAACACCCAGCAGCCUCGAACAGAGCGGACUUCCCCCUCUUCUGCAUUCACUCACAGAAACCUGUCUGCUGUAGCUGUACAGGGUCAGUGUCGUCCUCUGUGUCGAUUUGAUUUCCUGGAUCUUGGUGAGAUCGAAGAAAAUAUACGUCGUGCUCAGUCCUGCAAAAGAAUGAGACACUUCAUAGUGUCUCCCGGCUUGGCUGAUCUGGUAACACAGCAUCUCGGGCCUGAUCUACAUGAUGCCAAAACUGUUAUCUUUGACUGUAACCCAGGCCCUGGAGUGUUGACCAGAACAUUGCUGAAUGCUGGAGCUCAGAGAGUUGUGGCUCUUGAAGGUGAUAGAGCCUUCCUACAUGAUCUACAGGAGCUGGAAGGUCUCCUUGAUGGUCAACUAGAAGUUGUGCACUGCAACUAUUUUAAAUUAGAUCCCAUUGGCAGUGGUAACCUGAAACCUCCGGUCAUGUUCAGUGACAAAUUGUUCACUGACCUUGGAAUAUCUGAAGCAAGUUGGACUGAUGACGUUCCUGUGAAAGUGGUUGGAAUCCUACCCCAGCGUAAUGAGCGUGGCAUGCUGCUGAAGAUGGUUUAUGCUUUGUUUGAGCGUUUGUCUGUCUACAGAUAUGGAAGAGUAGAGCUCAACCUCUUCAUCAGCGAGAAGGAGUACCUGAAACUGACGGCCCGACCUGGCGACAUGAUGCACUAUCGAGCGUUCAGUGUCCUCUGGCAGAUGGCCUGUGAAAUUAAACUCCUGCAUAAGGAGCCCUGGGAAUCAUUUGUGGCUUCUUCAAGACAGAGUGCGCCUGGCUCCAAGGGCAGGCUUCCGAAUGACCACCUGUGCCUGGUACGCCUUCGUCCACGAGCUGAUCUGUUCUCUGCAGGCCUCACUCCCUCCAACGCUUCAACUCUGCUGAUGAUGGUGAAACAGUGUUUGGCAAAGAGGAAGGUCAAGCUCAUCGAUAGGCUGAACCUUUGGUCUCCUGAUAGUGGGAGUAAGCUGUUGUCACAGAUGGGCUUGGCGGAGGACAUACUGACGGGUCACGUAUAUCCGGAGGAGUAUCUACAGCUCUUCCAACUGAUGGACAAGAGCCAGGAGUUCACACAGAGCUGGCUUUAUGAGGAGAUCCUGGAGAAUACACAGAGGGAGGGUUGGGGAUAAAAGGUCAAAUGUAUAGAUUUACUGAACUCUGCUUCACAAUGUGCACAUAAACAAAUGUAUCAUACACUUAUGCUGUAAGAUAUUAAAUUAUUUAACAUGCAAUGAAACAAUGACAAAUUAAUAUGAACCAUGGUCUGUGUAUUAUAAAUGAAAUUAUAAUAAAUCAUUUUGUUAAAGUAAUUUGUAAGUUUGUCACAACUUUUUGACCUUUGAGUUUGUUGUAGGCCUAUUUUUUGUUAACUGGAGUUUGCAUCACUUACUGACAAACAGUUGGGCAAUGCAAUAUUUUGUUGAUGUGGUUUGAAGAAAAAAAAAAAGGUCAUGUCAUUCAGUCAAACUGAUUCCACCAACGGGUCGGGUCAUCGGUCCAGAGGACUUCAGAGUGGCACUAAAUGUCUGCAGAGCAAGUACAUGGAGAAGAUAAGGAAACACAAAGUGUUCCUUGAGACAUACAAUUUCUAUCAACUUUAUAGUGAAUUGUGUGCCUUUUUGUAAUUUUUUUUUCCCACUUUGACAACUUAUCACUUGUGAUCAUUGUAUGUAGGUUAGGGUUGAAGGUGCUGUAUCUCUUUGUGGUCACUCCAUGCACUCCUGCACUUGACUCUUAAAAAUCCUUUUCAUUUUCUUCAGUGCCAAGCAGCCAA